AGUUUUCGGUUAUAGAACUUACUACUCCACCCAGGUACCUGGUAGGUGGUUCCCGGAUAGCACGGUACGGCCAAUCGGUGUAUCCACGCGCGAAGCCUGUCGUCCAGAUCUUGCCACUUUGUGCGAUCGCAGACGGUCGUCAAAUUUCUCUGGUUUUGGUCCCUUCUCUAUGCCUGGGCUGAAUUCCUCCCUGCUGAAGAUGGAGUUUGUCACACUGCGUACUCUAGGUCAAUAACCAUCUCAGUUUGUGCGUCUCUGCCGAAGGCUUUGUUCUCAUGGUGGUUGAUCGCAGCCUCGCUGUCCGCACAGUCGCUGCCGUCUUCUUGUCCUUGGCCUGUAGUGCAGUCCUCCUUCGCUGCUAUGUCCGAGUUCAUGUUGUCAAGGCCUUUGGCUGGGACGAUGGGAUAAUGGUGUUGGCAACAGCAUUUUAUAUCAUGUUCUCUGCUUGUAUGAUAGGAGGCAGUCUCUGGGGCACGGGCAAGCAUCUUACCUCGCUCACUGAACACCAGGCUAUGGUUGCAAUAAAGUACUGGUUUCUCUGCGACAUUUCUUAUGCAAUCGCAUCCAUCCUGAGCAAGGUCUCCGUGUCCCUGCUUCUACUCCGAGUCUUGGUCGACCCAAUCCACCGCGCGGUGAUAUACAUAGUCGUCAGUUUGACCGUGAUAGUCGGAUUUGUCUUCUUCAUCCUGUGUCUUAUCCAGUGCUCCCCAGUAUCGUACUUCUGGACUCGGCUCGAAGCCGAGUCAGCUGGGAUGGGCUCAUGUGGGUAUGUAACAGCCAUCAAGGUGAUGCUUUAUCUCUUUAGUGCAUCAUCUGCGUGUUUUGAUUUUACCGUUGCAUUGUUGCCGAUCUUUGUGGUCCGCAAGUUGCAAAUGAGCCUCGAGACGAAGAUUAGCGCCGUGUGUCUUCUAGGGAUGGCAUGCAUCGCUAGUGUUGCUGUGAUUGUCCGAAUUCCAUUUGUCGAGACAAUCUCGAGCCCCGACUUCCUUUAUGCCACCGUCCAAAUCGCUAUCUGGUCGAACAUUGAAACCGGGCUCUCAAUCUUGGCGGGAAGUCUAGCAACCCUACGACCGCUCAUUUCCAAGAUCACCGGAAGUCAAGUCACUGGUCCCUUGCAAUACAACUCAGCCUCAGCAAGGCUCGAAUCAUCGCGACCUUCACGCCUCCCAUUUGGCAACCAGUCCAGCCACACGCAGCUCACCGAUCUCGAUUUCAACCGGGAAGGGGGCCCUGACGAGGUCUCUUCUGACCGACAGACCAGUGCAGCUUCUGUCCACAGCUUGGGGGAAGGCUCCGGUGACUGGAGCUGGAAGGAUGGCGCGGAUCCUAAUUCUUCCAUUCGGGUGUUCCAAAGCUGGAAUGUAUCGUCGUCGUACAGAAACAGCCACGGAGGUUAGAUGUGAGCAAGAGCAGGGCCUUCUAGAACCAGAACCAGGACAGGAAGUAAGCCAAACCGGGGCGUAUGGUAUUAGAGUAUUCGAAUACCUCUGGAUCCAAUAGGACAAAUCAGUUCAGGAAGUUGGUACCAGUAGAUCUAGACAUUGUUAUCUAGUAGAUCACCGAGGCGUUGGCUCUAUUGGAUCGUACGGAGUAAGAAAUUUCUGCCUGUUCACAUGCCCCUGGC